CGGAAUUGGUGUGAACGAGCAGACUGAUUUCAAGAAAGCGCCAAGUCAUGCCGGUGGGCAAUGUUGCUGCUAUCAUUGCUGCGCGAAGAGCGCGCAGGCACAGCAAAGGCUUUCGUCCGACCCCAGUAAGCUCUGCCGAGCAGAGGCGUUUGCAAGCUGCAAUAGCAGAGCGGAACCGCAAGGUGAAACUGAUGAAGAUCAUCAGGACCUACGACACCAACCAGUCGGGCAAACUCGAGCGAGAUCAGAUUGUGAAGUUGCUGACAGAUACGGACUCUUCAACACCGCCCGGAACACCACCAAGUGCUGAUCAAGUGGACUUUCUUUUGAAGCUCUAUGACAAGGCUGGAGAUCAAUCCAUCGAACUUGGAGAGCUGGAGGAGCUGCUCACUUGUUGGCAUACUUACACCGAGCAUCGAGAGCUUUUUGAAAGCAAGCUGGAGAAGUUUGAUAUUUCCAAGACUGGCAAACUAUCACAGGAAGAGCUGAAGGCCUAUUUGACGGAUCUCAACGGUGGGAUAGAAGUUGAAGACAGUGAGGUGGAGUGGGUCAUGAAGGAGGGCGAUGUCCUAGGAGAUGGGCAGCUGAACAAGAUGGAGCUUUGGCGCGCGACGGCCCUGUGGUUUUCGCACGUCGAGAAGCAGAAGUCGAACGACUGCUGCAUCAUCUCGUAGACCCAAAUUGUACUGUAUUGUCUGCAAGCUCUGUACGCUCAGCCUGUAGCCAAAGAGCAAAGGGCUGCAAAAGGCACUCAUUUAUGGUGACCAAAGAC